AUGCCAACUAAUGUACACGUGGAUUUACUUCACAAUGGUAUCAUCUCAGAUCCCUUGAUUGGCAAGAGAGAGAAUGAUUGUCAAUGGGUUGGUGAGAAAUCUUGGGUCUACAAAGGCACUUUUCCUACACCAAUUGUAGGUCCAGAUGAGAAGGCCGUACUUACUUUCGACGGGUUGGAUACGUAUGCAACGGCAGUCCUCAACGGCAAAGAGAUCCUCAAAACCAAGGACAUGUUCAUUCCCGAAAGGGUCGUCGUCACAGAACUCCUCCGUUCAGAGGAAGAGAACAUCCUGGAGAUCACCUUCGAUAGCACCUACUUGAUCGGUAAGAAGUUUGUAGAGCAACAUCCAGAUCACCAUUGGGGUUGCUGGAACGGCGAUCCCAGUCGGCUCGCCGUCAGAAAGGCUCAGUACCACUAUGGUUGGGACUGGGGACCGUGUUUGCUCACCUGUGGUCCAUGGCGGCCAAUAAAUCUAGAGGUCUAUCAUUCACGCAUUGCAGAUCUGUAUUUCACGACAGAAGUGGGUAAGUCAUUGAAAUCGGCUGAGGUGGUAGCCAAGGCAGAGGUCGAAGGGGGUGGAGAUGGAGAUGAAGUGAUUUUCGAAAUCUCACUUGAGGGAAAGAUGAUGGGUGCAGAAAGGGUCAUGGUAGAGAAAAGCUUCGCAACGGCUUCUUUCAAGAGUCAGAAUCCAAAGCUGUGGUAUCCUCAUACCUAUGGCGAGCAACCGCUCUAUGUUCUAAGUGCUACGCUAAGCCGGAAGAAAGAGGUUUUAGAUACAGCAAGCAAGCGCUUUGGGCUCAGGAGAGCCGAAGUCAUCCAGCGCAAGCUUGACGAUGCUCCUGGUAGUACCUUUCUUUUCGAGGUCAACAACAUCCCAAUAUUUUGCGGUGGUAGCAACUGGAUUCCUGCAAGCUCGUUCACCCAGUCAAUCGGUCGUAAGAAAUACCGUGACUGGGUGAAAAUGGCGGUCGACGGGCACCAGGUUAUGCUUCGAGCUUGGGGCGGCGGUAUAUUUGAAGAACAAGAUUUCUAUGAAGCUUGCGACGAGAUGGGGGUCCUCCUCUGGCAGGACUUCCCUUUUGCUUGUGGCAACUAUCCGGCACAUGAGGAGUUCUUGGACUUGGUGAAGCGUGAAGCGGUGGAAAAUGUAAAACUUCUCCGGCAUCAUCCCUCCAUUGUGAUCUGGUCAGGCAACAACGAGGACUAUCAGUAUCGAGAAGCAGAGAAUCUGGAAUACGAUCCCAAUGACCAGGACCCUGAAAAUUGGUUGAAAACCACAUUCCCGGCAAGAUAUAUAUACGAAAAGAUUCUCGUGGACGUAACCAAGGAGCUUGUGCCAGGGACGUUUUAUCAUUUUGGGUCGCCUUACGGUGGGAACGACACGACAGACCCCCAUGUCGGAGAUAUUCAUCAGUGGAAUGUGUGGCACGGUACGCAGGAAAAGUACCAGGACUUCGACAAGUUGAGUGGAAGAUUCGUGUCAGAGUUUGGCAUGGAAGCAUUUCCGAACAUUAUGACCGUUGAAAGCUAUCUCCAGGAUGCCAAUCUCGAUACUGACAGGUAUCCUCAGUCCUCGACAGUAGAUUUUCACAAUAAGGCCGCCGGGCAUGAGCGCAGAUUGGCUCUCUAUCUAGCGGAGAACAUACCGUACACACUCGAACCCUUCGAGCAGUACGUUUAUUGUACGCAGCUUAUGCAGGCUGAGUGCGUCUCCUUCGCAUACAAGCUAUGGAAACGGCAAUGGAAAGGUCCAGGCCGAGAGUACUGCUCUGGCGCAUUAAUAUGGCAACUGAAUGACUGCUGGGCUUGCACAUCAUGGUCGAUUGUUGACUAUUACCUACGACCUAAAUUGGCCUAUUUUGCGGUCAAGCGUGAGCUGCGACCCCUUACUAUCGGUCUGAAGCGGACAGUGCACACGACUUUUGCAGACAAAUACACCCGCGCCUACAUGAAGACUGUACAUAGAAUUGAAAUGUGGGCGUGUAACCUCUCGCUCGAUGCCCACGAGGUGUUCGUUCACGUUAAAACCUGCAAUCUAGUGACUGGGGAACAAGAAGAGCAUGGCAACUUAUUCACCAGACUACUGCUUCCUCCAAAUCGCAGCACGGAGAUCUCUGAGUUCGAUAUCCCAGUGUCUGAAGAACACAAGGACAAGGUCCUGGAAUUGACUGAUGGCCAUACCAUGAGAAGUGAAGAUGAGCAGCAGACGGUUGUAGCAGUAUAUCUCUGCAACGAAGAUGGCGACCACAUUGCUAGAGCGGUCAAUUGGCCGGAACCACUUAAAUAUGUGCACCUACCCAAGCCGAAACACGUUAAGCUCAAACUGAUUCCCAAUGUCCGCGACCUGAAUUGCGCACAUGCUCCUGGCACAAGCGAGGACUUCAAGCCGCCACAGACGGCUGGAGCUAUAGAGAUCUCCUCUGAUGUGCCUGUCAAAGGGCUUGUGAUAGAGGUGGUAGAGCCGGACUGGGGAGAAGAUCAUAAUGUGGGUUUCGACGAUCGUGGUUUCGAUUUGAUACCCGGAGAAACUAUCUCCAUUGGAGUCCAGGGUCUGAAAUGUGGCGAUGAGGAAAGAUUGACCACACGGUACCUAGGGAUGUGA